UGGUGCAUGUGUUUCAGGAGCGGGUUCUGAAAAUCAAGAGGAGGGUGGCCGGGCAGCUCCGAAAGAAAAGGAUCAGUACACAGUGGGGCUGGAGGUGGAGGUCGGGCAGCUGAAAAUAAAGAACGGGGAUCUGAAGAUGAAAGUGGACAAGCUGCAGAAGGAGACAAAAGAGCUACAGGAGCAGCUGGGGGCGGCAAAGGACGAGGUUGAAACGUGGAAGAAAGACGGCGUGCUUAAGGAGGUCCUGGAGGCGAAGGAGAGGGAGGUAGAGGCGCUUAGGAGGGAGAUGGAGGAGGGGAAGAGGCAGGCGAGUGGGGCUGCGCAGCGGAAGGAGCAGGAGGAGAGCGCGAGGAAGGACGAGCGGAUCAAGCAAUUGGAGUCCGAGGUGAAGUCCAAGGUAGUGGAGAUGGGUAUGCUGAAGAGGAACAUGCAGAGGGUGGAAGGCGAGCUUAAGGAGAUGGGGGCCACUCCUGCGAAGAAGGACGGCGGGAAAGGGAAGUGGGGCUCAGACGAGGAGGUGCAGCAGCUGCGAGCAGCACUCAAGGCCGCGGCGCACAAGGUGCAGGUGCUGCAACCGAUGGCUGCGCUGAACGAGAAGCUGGUGAAGAAGCUGCAGCGGCGGCAGGAGUUGCUCGAGAGGCUGAGGGCCAAGGGGCUGGUGGUGGAUGAUGUGGAUGAUCUCUGUGAUGAUGAGCUGGCUGAUGGACCGGGGUUGGGGUUUGGGCUCUUUUCGUGCCUGUUCCAGAGCCGAGGCAUGGCUCGACUCAUGCGGUGAGAAAUAUGGGGUGAUGAGAGUCCUUCAUGGAAGGGCUGGUCGGAUAUGUUCAUUCUGAUUCCUCUGGGUGGUUCUCCAAUUAUAUACUAUGUACAGGCCCCCAAAUUGGUUUUGGGUCUGUCUGAUUCGUCAGAGUCCACUGCCUUCCCUUGGUAUGGGUGUCAGAGUUGCCUCCUUGAAAAAGUCUGAAAAAUCAGAGUAGCCUACAAUUUUUUGUCUGACCAAUCAGAGUCAUA